GGCUGAGGCCUUAGCGGUCCAAAGCUUGGUUGCGUCCCGUGUCCCUCUCCUCGAGGCGAUUGAGCCCCCUGGGAGGACGGGAAGAUGAGUAGUUCUGAGGAGGUGUCCUGGAUUUCCUGGUUCUGUGGCUUGCGCGGCAAUGAGUUCUUCUGUGAGGUGGAUGAAGAUUACAUUCAGGACAAAUUCAAUCUAACUGGUCUCAAUGAGCAAGUUCCCCAUUAUCGCCAGGCCUUGGAUAUGAUACUGGAUUUGGAACCAGAUGAGGAACUUGAGGACAAUCCUAACCAGAGUGACUUGAUUGAACAGGCAGCUGAAAUGCUGUAUGGGCUCAUUCACGCCCGCUAUAUCCUCACAAACCGUGGCAUUGCCCAGAUGCUUGAAAAAUACCAGCAAGGAGACUUUGGCUACUGUCCUCGGGUUUAUUGUGAGAACCAGCCCAUGCUGCCUAUUGGCUUGUCUGAUAUCCCUGGGGAGGCCAUGGUCAAACUGUACUGCCCAAAGUGCAUGGAUGUCUACACCCCCAAAUCUUCCCGCCAUCAUCAUACGGAUGGGGCCUAUUUUGGGACUGGCUUCCCCCACAUGCUGUUCAUGGUGCACCCCGAGUACCGGCCGAAACGGCCAGCCAACCAGUUUGUGCCCAGGCUUUACGGCUUCAAGAUCCAUCCCAUGGCUUACCAGUUGCAGCUUCAGGCCGCCAGUAAUUUCAAGAGCCCAGUCAAAACUAUCCGUUGAUCUUCUCUGUCCAGGUGCCCAGGGUCCUUACCUGUCAACUCCCUUUACCCCCAGUCAGGGCUGCUUAUACUUUAAUUUUGGUGACGUCCCCUGAGGACUGUUCUUUCAGUCACCUUCCAGCCUGAUUUUUAGUCUUACGCUGGUGUGUGGUUUAAACUAAUAAUAAACAAUUUCUGUUAAUUCCCAGAAACACAGACUGUGACAGACAAAUUCAAUAACCAACUUGAAUGUCAUGACUUUGUGGGACUUUUUUUUCUUUUUAAAAAAUAAAAUAAAUUUAAAAAAGCAAAAA